CCAUCGAAUGAGCAGUCGUGUUUAAAUCACCGUCAUUUUGCACGCUAUUUACGUUUUGAAAUAAUGUAUUUUUAAACAAGUUCUAGUAAAUUUGGUUCAAAUUAAAGUUAUUUUAAGUAUUUAACAUAUCCAAUUGCAGAUUUUAAAUUAUCAAAAUGCAGAUAUUCUUGUAUUUGAGUUUCGUUGCUUUUACACAACUAAGUUAUGCUCAAAUGGAUAUUCAGUUACCAAGUUUCAGUUCUUUUAGUUAUAACGAAGAGAGUAGUAGACUUGUCAACUCGAUAAAUGAAUUCGGGUUCAAAUUGUUAUCGAAAAUGAUGAAAAAAUAUCCCGAUAAGAACAUAGUCAUCUCACCAGCGAGCAUAUCUUGUCUGCUGGCAAUGACUCUUCUGGGCAGCGUGGGGAGGUCGUAUGACGAACUUGCCGGGGCACUUGGAUUUUCCGAAGAUAUAUUAUUGAACCGCCAAAACCACGAAUUGUUCGGUGAACUUUUGCGACAUGUGAACUCAGAUGAUACUUGGAGUAAGACCAUAUUCGCUGACGCAGUGUUUGUGGACAGUCGGUCACAAUUACGUGAGGCCUUCCGCGCUUACCUGGUUCGGGUCUAUGGGGGCGAAGUCCUAACUGUCAACUUCACUGACAGUAUGAAUGUCAAGGAAAUUAUUAAUGAUUGGGUGAGCACGCAAACCAAGGGCCAAAUUGAUAAUUUCUUAAAGGAAUCUUUGCCUGUGAGCACUAAAGUAGUGCUAUUAAGUGCUCUUUACUUCAGUGGGCAGUGGGCGAGACCUUUCUUACCUGAGCACACAAGGAAGAUGCCAUUCAUGCGAGGGAAGGACAAAAUCACUGCGGAUCUCAUGCUAAAUUUGGGUCAAUUCAAUUAUAUUCAUUCUGCGAAAGAUGGUCUCCACAUGAUCGCGUUCCCAUACAAUGAUAGCUCAACGACAAUGUACGCUUUAAAACCACGUAUGCCUAGCGAAUUGUCACUGCCAGAUUUAAUGGAGCGUUUGGAUCACUCCAAGAUUGAUAGCUUAAUAAACCAGAUGACUAGGUUGGACACAGUUGUGAGGUUCCCUAAAAUGGAGAUCAAAAGCGAUGUAAACUUAGAAUCACAUCUAAAAGAACUAGGAGUAAAAUCCAUGUUUGAUCCACGCGAAGCUAAUUUCGCUUUAAUGAUAGACACAAAUACGAUAGCAAACAGAACUGUCGAUGAAAUACUAACGAGGAUUAACGAAGGCAAUGUGGAAGAAAGAAGAGUUAAGAGUAUAGUUAACAAUCUUAUGAAUCCGGGAGUUUAUGUUGAUUCAAUCAUGCACGAAGUGAAAAUUAAAAUUAACGAAUACGGUACGGAGGCGGUGGCAGCAACAAGCGCUAUUCUGGCGCGGUCGUCGGAACAAUUUUACGCUGAUUCACCAUUCUUCAUGUUCAUCAGAAACGAAAAGACAAAACUCAUCACAUUCAGUGCACUUGUGUUUGAUCCCACCGUUUAAUUUAUAUUGUUAACUAGUAAUAAAAGUAUUUUUGUUAUCUGUUUUUAUAACAUUUCAACUAUUACCAGAAACUUACAUUUAUAAGGUCCCCCUGGCAAAAGCUAGUCUGAUCAGGCUUUUCCGUGUAACCUCUAAAACCCAGGAUAAUUAAACAUCCUAUUACGGAAAUAGAUCUUAUAGGUUUUUUUAUUUAUCGUGGAUUUCCACUGACGAAUUACGUGUCCAAAAAUAUAGUGUUAACUAAUAUUUCUGUAUUAAGUGUUUCGGCAGUGGAAACUUGCGUUUAUAAUGAAACUAAUAUGGUAGUUCCGUUUCUGUACUGGUCACAAACGGAUAAAUAACUUAUGGUUAUGUAAAUGUCAUUGUACUGAAUAUGUCAUUUGAUAUUAAAAGUUCUAAUACAUAUGUUAAUUGGAAAGUUCAACAAACCGUUUUGAAACAUGUAAACACAACACAUGACAUUUUGUGAAGAAUUAGGUAAUGCGAUUCUGGGAUGCAAACAUAACAUGUUGCAUUUUUGCAGGGAUUUGAGAUAAAAUUAAACUUCAAUAAUACUUU